UAAAAUAAUCAAAAUGUUAUUAUGAAGUGGUUUAAAAUAGUACAUAUGUGUAUAGUUUAACAAAACAACGGAUACUCAGAAUAAUUUGCAAAAAAUAAUUUUUGUGCAUAUAUAUACAUAAGUAUAAAAGACGAAAUAGGAAAUAUAAUUGCUUCAUAGAUGUGAAAUGUUUAAAAUCUUAAAGAUUUUACUCUACAAUAGAGAAUACAAUUUUAAUAGUUAUUUUAAAACCAAAUGGAAGAUAAAAAUGCCUGUGAGGUCGACGAAAUUGUUGACGUGUAUAUAUUUGCAGGCUUUUAUGCUUUUUCAUCUGGAACUGAGGACUUUAGCAGCUGACCCGAAUGAUGCUGGUUUUAUUGACCUUAUUCGUGAAUUUGGAAUACCAGAUUUGCCGGCUGGUAUUCAUUCAACUCAAGGAAUGUGCAAGAAUGAAAAAAAUCAAUUUCAAAUUUAUCCUUCACCUGCUUAUACUAUUACUAAACAAGCAAUAUUAACAAUUGGAACCCCAUCUGUGUAUCCAAAUGGUUUUCCAGAAGACUUUUCUAUUCUGCUUGUUUUAAGACCAAAUGGCACUAUGACAAAAUCACCAAUUUUUACAAUUUAUUCUGCUGAAAGCGAGGAUGUUUUAUCAAUAUAUGUAGGACCAGAAAUCGAAAUGGUAUUUCAAGAGCUAGAUGGUCCUUUCGAUCAUAAAAAUUCAAUAAACUUUGGAAUUGGUAUUGGGGAUAAGGAAUGGCAUAGAAUUGGCUUAAGUGUUAAAGGAAACUCGGCAACUUUAAUAUUAGAUUGCAAUAAGCAAGUAACGCGUCGACUGGAAAGAUCAAUUGGUACUAGUAUUGCGACUGAUGGUUUAAUAUUGACUGGAGCUCAGUUAACUGAUGAUGAAGGAUUUUUUACUGGUGAUAUACAAAUGAUGGCAGUUGUUGAUAAACCAGAUGCCGGGUUUGAGUUAUGUUUAUAUUACGCUCCCGAUUGUUUAAGCAGUUAUCCUCCUGAAAAUAUUCAAGAAAACAGACAAUUAAGUAGUAGUAGAAGUAAUAGCGGUUAUAACACUGAUUCAGUAAUGAACAGAAAUUAUCACGAUUUUAAUGUAGAAACUUCUUCAGGAAGAUUUUUUGGUAGUGAUCUUAAUAGUCAUUCUACAACAGAUUCUUCUGGUCUAACACAUUCCCAUAACUCUCAGAACCAUUGGAAUAUUGAAGCUAGAACACCUUCUUCUAAACCUUUAGCUACAACAACUGUUGAUGGAAUAUUUGGAGAUUUGCGCGGGAACUCAAUACAUGAGUCGAAGUUGGGCUCAGAAAGAGAUAUUUCAACAACUUUUCAUAUUGAAAGUGAUUUUUCGGACGCGUCUAUAAAUGGUGAUAGUGGCCAUAUGCUAAACAUAGAUUUUGAAGAUUUGAAUGCAGAGUUUGGUCUAAGUUCCAACCCGGAGACAAUAGAAAUAAGAGAAAAUAAGAAAUCCAAAAACAAUAGAAGAACAAAAAAUCGUAAUAACUCAACAUAUGCAAAUGAUGCCUCUAAUUCCAUGUUUUUAUUCCCGGAAAAUGAUUUACAAAUCAGUAACAACGAUGAAAAUUCUGAGACCGCAACUAACCGAACAAAUGCGAGACGAGAUUCUAAUAAUAUUUUAUGUUACCCUGGACCUAGAGGAUAUACUGGACUUCCAGGUCCCCCUGGAGAACGUGGACUGAAAGGAGAACCCGGUAGAGAUGGCCUUUCUGGCUUAACUGGAGCUCCUGGUCCUGCUGGAAACGUGUUCGUUGUUCCAAUAAAUCAAAAUCAGAAUGAAAAAGGUCCAGAUGCUCAUUCUGAAGCAUUAAGGCAAAUGAUUUCCCAGCAUCUGACGGCAAUGAGAGGAGCAGAAGGUCCAGCUGGUUUGACGGGUGUUGCAGGUCCAACUGGUCCGCCUGGAGAACCAGGAACGAAAGGUGAACCAGGUGAUAUUGGAGAACCAGGAGCACGGGGAAUUAGAGGCCCCGUCGGUCCAACUGGUCGUGAGGGCCGCAGGGGACGAGCUGGGAGAGAUGGAGAACGUGGUCCUAUUGGGUUUCCUGGUAUCAAAGGUGAACCAGGUCCAAUAGGCCCAGCAGGACUGAUGGGAGAAAAAGGCCAUAGGGGAAGUUCUGGUUUACAAGGAGAAAAAGGUCAACAAGGUAUUGAAGGGCAUCCUGGAGAGGAUGGUCCUCCAGGACUCCCUGGUUUACCUGGAGAACUGGGUCCACGAGGUUUUCCUGGUCCAAGGGGCUUGCCUGGAGGGCAAGGAAAUCCCGGUUUGCCAGGAAAUGAAGGGCCUGCUGGCCUAAAAGGGAACGAGGGUCCAAUAGGAAUGGCAGGUCCUCCAGGAUCCCCGGGAAGUGAAGGUCCAACUGGUUCACCUGGUCCUCAAGGUAACUUGGGACCACCGGGCCCUCCUGGGGGAUCUGGAAAGCCAGGUUUGCCUGGGUUACCUGGAGCAGAUGGAUCACCGGGACGGCCUGGUAGUCCUGGACAAAUGGGGCCAAAGGGACAUCAGGGGAAUGUUGGCGUUCAGGGCCCUGUAGGUUUUCCUGGGUCUAGGGGUCAAAAGGGUGAUGAUGGAGCAAAAGGUCCGAUUGGAGAUAAGGGAGACAAAGGAGAUCGUGGUCUGGACGGCGAAAAGGGCGAAUCUGGCCAACCUGGCGAAAGAGGUCAAGCUGGUGUACCUGGAAGUACAGGUCCAGAAGGUCCAGAAGGUCCAAAAGGUUUUGAAGGCCCAAGAGGCGAAGUUGGAUUAAUGGGAAAAUCUGGAGAAAAAGGAAAACAGGGAAAUCCUGGCUUGCAGGGGUAUCCAGGUGCAUCCGGUGAGAAAGGUGAUAAAGGAGCUACUGGUAUUACUGGUCCCGCUGGUUUAAAGGGAGAUCGAGGAAACCCUGGUCUACUGGGAGAAAGAGGGGAAACCGGGCCAAGAGGGUUCCGUGGUCCAAGAGGUAGGAGAGGCAACGACGGAGUACCUGGAAUUAAAGGUGAAACAGGGCAGCCAGGCUCACCUGGCUCCCAAGGUGAAAGUGGGGUUCAGGGCCCAGAAGGUCCCCGUGGUUUUAUUGGUAUGCCAGGACCACCUGGAUUAACUGGAAAAAAUGGACCCAAUGGGCCCCCUGGUGAACGUGGACCGCCAGGCGAACCUGGAAAACAAGGUGUUCCUGGGGAAGUUGGAGUUAUAGGUCCUAGGGGAGCAAGUGGAGAGCCGGGUCCAUCAGGGGAACCUGGUAUUCCAGGACUGCCCGGACUGCCUGGAGAAACUGGAAAUCCUGGAGAACCUGGUAAAGAAGGGCAGCAGGGCAAUCCAGGUCCAAUAGGAUUGUCUGGUCCGCAGGGUCCAGUUGGUUUGCCAGGGUUUCCAGGUGAAAGGGGUCAUCAAGGUCAACCAGGGCUCCCGGGAUUGAAAGGAGAAAUUGGGCCUAUUGGGUUACUAGGUCCCGUAGGGGACAAAGGCGCCACCGGAGAGUCUGGAAAAGAUGGCCCUAUGGGUCCAGAAGGUAAAACAGGUCAACGCGGAAAUCCUGGUGCACCUGGCGCGAAAGGAGAACCUGGCGAAAGAGGUCAACCAGGAUUAACCGGAAGAGAUGGUCUACCAGGUUUACGAGGACUGACAGGACCACCUGGCCAAAGUGGGGCGCCUGGUGAGGAUGGUGAUAAAGGAGAAAUAGGUCUGCCUGGUGAAAAGGGUUUAAAAGGAAAUCAAGGAGAAACCGGUUUACAAGGUUCAACAGGACCGCAAGGACUUCGAGGAGAAGUUGGUUUGCCUGGGCUACCUGGAGAUAGAGGACCGCCGGGUGAAAUUGGUCGCCAAGGAAUUAAAGGUGAGGGAGGUGCUGUUGGCAUCCCGGGUGCUUCCGGAAAUCCAGGCGCGCAGGGUUUACCGGGUCCACCAGGUUUGAAAGGAGAUAGAGGGGAUGAGGGAGCUCCUGGCCUGAUUGGUUCUCCCGGACUACCAGGUGAAACAGGUAAAAGAGGCCCAAAAGGUACAAUUGGUGGUCGUGGUAAGCCAGGGGAACAAGGACCUCAAGGUCAAGCAGGUGAAGUAGGCCCACCUGGUCCACCGGGGCCAAUUGGGCCCUUAGGGAAGGAAGGACAACAAGGACCCACAGGACCCAAAGGAGAAGAAGGUAAAUCUGGUUUACCUGGACCAUUAGGAAGGCCAGGGUCACCUGGUCCUGAAGGACCUAAGGGCGAAUUGGGCCCAAGAGGUUUUCCAGGAGAUCGCGGCGAACCUGGUAUACGAGGUAAUAAAGGUGACCCUGGGCCAGAGGGUGAAGAUGGAAAGCCGGGAGAAGAAGGUCCUCCCGGCGAGUAUGGCCAAAUGGGAAAACAAGGCGAACCGGGUCCUCCAGGAAAACCGGGACUUGAAGGGGCAGCUGGACCGCAAGGAAGUCCUGGCUCAGUUGGAGAAAAAGGGGAAAAAGGUCAAUCCGGCCCCUUAGGUGCCAUGGGUGUCGCAGGUCCACAAGGACUACCUGGUGCCCAAGGUUACCCUGGAGAAAGGGGACCCACAGGAAGUGCAGGGGAUGCUGGAUCUCCUGGUAAACCGGGUUCCAGUGGACCGCCAGGUAAAAUUGGAGAGACUGGGCCUAAAGGACCAAAGGGUGAAAGAGGAAGAAGGGGACCAAAAGGGCAUAGAGGUGAGUUGGGUCUUGUUGGAUUAAAAGGGGACCAGGGUGAAAAAGGUGACCGUGGUUUAAGAGGUCCCCAAGGUCCUGAGGGACCUAAGGGAGAACUGGGUCCAAUGGGCAUGAUAGGACCUAAAGGAAAUGAAGGUCCGCAAGGGCAGAAUGGCGAAACAGGGCCAAUCGGUCCCAAGGGAAUAGAAGGAAUAGCCGGUAAAAAAGGAGAUGAAGGACCUCCUGGACCUCCUGGACCGCCAGGAUUACCAGCUGAAGGUCCAAUAUUGCCUCCAGAUCUGUUACUUCAAUUGAGUGCAAUUACAAAAGGAGAAACUGAUUCAAAAAGACGUAAACGGGAUUUAAUAAAUGUAGAUACUUAUUUCAAUUCAGAUAUUAACGAAAUUUUGCAUAAAUUAUCGGAAGAUGAAACUACUUCAACGUUUACAAAUCAACGGGAAAAGGAAACUGACGGUACGGGUUCAAAUUUUGUUGAGAUGUAUCAUUCCCUCAAUUCUAUGCGCCAAGAAUUAGAUCGUAUAAAAAAGCCCAUUGGAAUUCGAGAAAAUCCUUCGCGAACAUGUAAAGAUCUACACUUUGCUCAUCCGAAAUUCGAAAACGGAUGGUAUUGGAUUGAUCCGAAUUCGGGUAUGCCAGACGAUGCCAUUUACGUAUAUUGUAACAUGACCAGCGAGGGUGAAACAUGUAUAUAUCCAGAUUUACACAGCUCAAAAGUGCCUACGAUGCAGUGGCGCAAGGAGAAUAGGAUAUUGGAUUGGUUCUCCAAUUUAAAAAGAGGUUUUAAAUUUAGUUAUGAGUCAGUAGGUUCAGUUCAAAUGACAUUUUUAAAAUUACUGUCAAAAGAGGGCUACCAAAAUUUUACGUUCAACUGUAUAAAUAAUGUAGCAUGGUACGAUAGUAGAAUAAAAAAUUUCAAUAAUUCAAUUAAAUUAAUGGGUGAUAAUGAAGUUGAAAUAGCUUUUGAGGGAACACUGGUAAAACCUGUUGUGCUGUUUGAUGGUUGUAAGACUGGAAACUCUAAGAGUAAAACAGUUUUCGAAAUAAGAACAAAUCGCUUACAUUAUUUACCAAUCAAAGAUUUUUUUCCAAUUGAUUAUGGUAAAGCAAAUCAAUCGUUCGGAUUUGAAGUUGGACCGGUGUGCUUUAAAUAGUCACUUAUAUUUUUAUAAAUUAUAGCUUGUAGCUGUAUGCUACAAUUUUUCAAUAUGAAAAUUAAUUUUUUACUUCACUAGAUAAUAGAUUUCAUGAAUAUUGUCGUAUAAAACAUCUCUUAUAUUAAUUAACUUUGCAUUUUUUAAAAAUCAUGCUAUUUUUCAA